CGGAAAUCUGCCUUUUUUUAAUUUAAUAUUAAUUCUAUUUUUUCUAAAAUUGUUGCUUUUGCUUUCCAAUUUAAAUUUAUUAUCAGCUGUAAAAUAUGAAAGAGGUGGCAACUUCCCGCGGCGGCCAUACCUAUAUCGACAGUUUGGUGAAAAAAAUGCAUCGAAAAACAACUCUAUUUACGGUUUACUUACACUAUCUGUUUCGGUGUCGUGAUGAAAUGUUUUGUGCCAAUAAAAAUCCCGCAGAGUUUUACUCAGUUCGAAAAGAUAAGUUAGCCAGGGAUUCCGGUGACCCGAACAAAUGUUUACGAAAGACGAUGACAAACAUUAAAAACAAAUUGACAAAACACAAAACUAGAUUAUGGAACAAUAACUGUAAUUCAACAGAUAAAUAAAAUAAUACAAUUUAAAUAAAAUGAAGCAAAAUAUUAAUAAAU